CUUCUUCUGCGCAUGUACAAUAAUCUGCAAAUUUUAAAGAUGAUAGUUCAAAGUUCACGUAACAUGUGCGUUCAGUCACAGUUGUUACUUUAUUAUUAUUGUUUUAGCGACAAAAUAUGAGCCUGGAAGAAGGAGAGCGUAUCUUGGCUCAGUUUGUGAGUGAGAAUGGAGAGACUGCCGGGGCACCAUUUGAUCUGCCUCUUGAUAUAACUGCUGACAAACUUCAACUAGUGUGCAAUGCAGUACUACAGAAGGAAGAAACUACUCCUUACUCAUUUUUUGUGGAUGAGACUGAAAUCAGAGGAAGUAUCAGAGAAAGUGUAGACAGCAGUAAACAAGAGACAGAGAAAGUUCUACAAAUUGUAUACCUACCCCAGGCUGUGUUUAGGGUACGACCUGUGACACGAUGUACUAGCUCAAUAGAGGGCCAUGCUGAGGCGGUCAUAUCUGUCGCAUUUAGUCCAGAUGGAAGGUAUCUUGCAAGUGGGUCUGGUGAUACAACAGUCAGAUUCUGGGACGUUAACACUGAAACACCGCACCACACUUGCAAAGGUCAUAAACAUUGGGUAUUGUGCAUAUCAUGGUCUCCUGAUGGUUUCAAAUUAGCCUCUGGUUGCAAAAAUAGUCAGAUUUUCAUUUGGGAUCCAAAAACUGGAAAACAACUUGGCAAGCCACUUACUGGUCAUAAGCAGUGGAUAACAUGGUUGUCAUGGGAACCAUUUCAUCUCAAUUCCAAUUGUAGAUAUCUUGCUAGUUCAUCUAAAGAUGGCACAAUACGAAUAUGGGACACUAUGAUUGGUCAAACUGUUAAAGUUUUAUCUGGGCAUGUGCAGUGUGUAUCGUGUGUGAAGUGGGGUGGAACUGGUCUUCUGUAUUCAGCUUCCCAGGACCGGACUAUUAAAGUAUGGAGGGCUUCCGAUGGGGUCAUGUGUCGAACACUUAAUGGACAUGGCCAUUGGGUUAACACUAUGGCAUUAAGUACAGACUAUGUGAUGAGGACUGGUGCUUUUAAUCCUGCUGAUGCUACAGUAGUCCAUCAACCAAUAACUGAGACAGGUGAAGAAUUAUCAAAAAAAGCUCUUGAUAGAUACAAUACAGUCAAGGACGGAUGUUCAGAACGACUAGUUUCAGGGUCAGAUGACUUUACUCUGUUUCUGUGGAAACCUGAAGAUGACAAGAAGCCAGUAGCACGCAUGACUGGUCAUCAGCAACCGAUCAAUGAGGUUCUUUUUUCUCCAGACACCCGACUCAUAGCUAGUGCAUCAUUUGACAAGUCUGUAAAACUUUGGGAUGGGCGGACUGGAAAGUUUAUAGCAUCAUUAAGAGGUCAUGUAGGAAGAGUUUACCAGAUUGCUUGGUCAGCUGAUAGUAGACUCCUCUGCAGUGGUAGUGCAGAUAGCACACUCAAAGUCUGGGACAUAACAACUAAGAAACUAUCCAUAGACCUACCUGGGCAUGCUGAUGAAGUGUAUGCUGUCGACUGGAGUCCUGAUGGUCAGCGUGUAGCAAGUGGUGGCAAAGACAAGAUUCUUAAGCUAUGGAGGCGGUGAAGUCUACCUAAAGGUUACCAUGGAAACAUUUCUUCUGUAUAUUCAAAUAUGGAUUUGAUUGUCUUGUGACCAGGCUGUUGAAUGUAAGCUGAACAAAAUCACUGUUUUUACACUGUUAACAUGCACU